CGGGCCUGUGUGUGCGUCUGGUUGCUUCGCACGGCGCAUGCGAACUGAGGCCCAGAAGGGAAAGCCUUCAUCAGAGAUCUAAGCCAGCUGCACUGCUUCGGCUGCAAGGAGAGCAGAAAACUUGCAUGCAAAGCCUUCUGCAUGUACGGCGGAGCGGCAGCCGGCAGCUCCACAUACAGCAGACCAGCAGCCACAAAGAUGAGAAAUGAACUUUUUCCAUCAGGUUGAUCUCUGGCCUUAAAGGGCUCGUUCUGCCCUGGGAGGGGAGCCGCUCAGGAACACUGACCUCUGAGGUUAAGUGGAGUCGGUUUGUGUGAAGGGCUCCAGCGAAAGGGGGAGGAGGGAGGACUGGGAGGCCACGGCGGGGCUCCUGCACUUCUCCAGAAGGAGGCGAAGCAGUUGUCAGGAAGCUGCGUGAGAGGAGGAGAUGGCCUCGGGAGAAAUCACAACUCUUCCCGCCGUACCUGAAGACGGCGGCAGCGGCGGCUUUCCCCCGGGGAGCUUCAAGGACCCCAAGAGGCUGUACUGUAAGAACGGGGGCUUCUUCCUGAGGAUCAAACCCGACGGGGGUGUGGAUGGAAUCCGGGAGAAAAGCGACCCACACAUAAAGCUUCAGCUGCAGGCGACCUCAGUGGGGGAGGUGAUCAUCAAAGGAGUUUGUGCGAACCGCUAUCUGGCGAUGAACAGAGACGGACGGCUGUUUGGAGCGAGACGAGCGACGGACGAGUGCUACUUCCUGGAGAGGCUCGAGAGCAACAACUACAACACGUACCGCUCCAGGAAGUACCCGAACAUGUACGUGGCGCUGAAGAGGACUGGCCAGUACAAGUCCGGCAGCAAAACCGGACCGGGUCAGAAGGCCAUUCUCUUUCUUCCAAUGUCUGCAAAGUGCUAACCGGGGUUGAGACAGAGAGAGACGACGUGAAGGCAGUGACCGCAGUGUUGCGUUGACAUUGCCAAAAACAGCUGUGAUGUUUUAUCCUGAACCUAUCUGACAUUAUUCAGCUUCACUUCCCCAACGGUGCCACAUAUUUAAACGUAUAACUCCAGGAUUACUCCACAGAUGGCAACCAUAAAACCAAGUAGAGCCAA